CCUCUCCGCGCCGCCUCCCCCGUGCCUCCCACCCCGCGCCGGGGCCGGGCCAGUCGGCGGCGGCGAGGAAGAAGAAGAAAGAAGAAGAGGAGGAGGAGGAGGAGGAGGAAGGGCGAGGGCGGCUGCCCGAUGGCGAGCGAAGGCUACCGGUGCCGGGGAAGCCGUUUCAUCGAGAGCGGGCAGUCGGCGGUGCCCAGCUCGGUGCUUUUUGGGGCUGGCCUUUUGGGCAACGUGCUCGCCCUGCUGCUGCUUGGCCAGCACCGCCGGCGCUCCCGCUCGCCCGGCGGUCGCCCCCCGAGGGUUUCGGCUUUCUACGUGCUGGUGAGCGGGCUGGCGGUCACCGAUCUGCUGGGCAAGUGCCUGCUCAGCCCCAUGGUUUUGGCCGCUUACGCUUACAACCGCAGCCUGAGCGAAUUGGGCUCCCCCGGGGGGCGAGGCGAGGGCGAGCCGGGGGCUCUGUGCCAGCUUUUCGCCUUCCUCAUGGCUUUCUUCGGGCUGGCCCCCACCCUCCUGCUGCUCGCCAUGGCCCUGGAGUGCUGGUUGUCUCUUGGCCACCCUUAUUUUUACCGCCGCCACCUUACCCGACGGCUGGGCGCAGCGCUGGCACCGGCCGCGGCGGGGCUUUGCGCGCUCUUCUGCGCGCUCCCGCUGCUGGGUUUUGGGGUCCCCAUGCAGUACUGCCCCGGCACUUGGUGUUUUAUCCGGAUGGCCGGCGGGGGGGUCGGCCAGCUGGGCUUCCCCGUGCUUUACGCCAGCCUGAUGGGGGUGCUGGUGUUGGCCAUCGGGGCUUGCAACGUGAGCAGCAUGCGGCACCUCUACGGCAUGGCCCGCAGGCAGCCCCCCCGGGGGGCAGCGGCCACCCCCCCGGCUGCUGCUGUUGCCACCGCCGCCGCCAGCCCCCCCCGCAUGGAGGAGCUCGACCACCUCGUCCUGCUGGGGCUCAUGACCGUGCUCUUCACCGUCUGCUCGCUGCCGCUCAUCAUCCGUGCGUACAUGGGGGCGUUCGCGGCCGACUUCAACGAGAACGCCGACCUCAGCGCCCUGCGCUUCCUCUCCGUCAACUCCAUCGUCGACCCCUGGGUCUUCAUCAUCUUCCGCACCUCCGUCUUCCGCAUGUUCGUCCGCAGGCUCUGCCGCCGCCUGGGCUCCCGCAGGGCCACCACCCUCAAAGGACCGGGGCCGGAGGGGGACGCUCGUUUUUGCCCCCUGGGUUGGCGCAGGACGGACGCCCCGCAGCUCGUCUUCCCCUGAGCGCGGCGGGGGCCGCGGGAGCCGGUGAAGAUGAGGAGCGAGCCUUCGGCCCCGAGCAGCGCGGGGAAGACGGCGCCCUGGGCGGUGGCACGGGGUGGGCAAGUGGAGUUUCUGCCCCGUUUUGGCUCUGGGGAUGCGUGCCGCCCGCCGGAGGAAGCGGGGGGCAGGGGGGGGAUCCCUCCGGGGACCUGCGGAUUUUGCAGCGCUCGGCGGAGAGGUCGGGGAGCGCACGGCUGCGGGGUUUGGUGCGGGGUGCCAGGGCUGCGUUUGGGCAGGAGCACACCGGGGGGAGAGCCUCAUGCCUCCCCCCUCGGAUAAAAGUGGUUUGGAGCCCUGCCCCAUCUCCUCAUCCCACGCACGAUGCCCGGAGAGCUGAUGGGGUCGGCCCCUGCGCUGUCCCCGCGGUGCCUCGGGGUGCCCGGGGAGGAGGAUGGGGGCAGCUCCCCAGCCCCUCCUCGGCUCAGGGUUUGCGAUUUCCCCGCCGUGGCUCUGCUCUGGAGAAUCGAUCGCGCCCAGCUGUGCCGUGGGAGGCUGCCCGUAAUUAUUUUAAGGCGGUAUUUAUGACGAUACCCGCUCUUAAUAAGAGCGGCAAGCGAGAGAAAAAGCAGAGCCCAGGAUGUAUAACCUCGCGGCGCAAGCAUGCGAGCAACAGAUCCUUUUAAUGAAAGCUCCAUUUCCCCUCAAGCAGGCGUAUUAAAACUGGUGUGCUUGUUUAACAUCUGCCUCGAGUGGCCGUUUAGGACAAAAAAAUGACGAUAACCCCGGUCCCCAUCUGCUUAGCGUCCUUGGAGGAGACAGGGCAAAUACUUCUCUCCCUCUGUUUAGCCAAGCCUCGCAAGGUGUAGCCGUGUUCCUGCCAGUUCUCACGCGGUAUUUACUCUUGUUGUCAAACCGAUUUUCCUUUUGAAGGAAGCAACUCGGGUAAAUAUAGCUUGGGGCUUUUUGGAGGUGACCUGAUCGCUCCUGCUCCGGCUCCGGGACCUGCCAGGCUCUGCUGGUGGAGGGAAGGGCAGGGCUGGCGGUACUCAGGGGGGCACCCCCGGCCCUGCAAGAUCCCCGCUCUGUGCCCCACAGCGGGGUUUUCUGCGGAAAAAGGACUGAACUGAGGCUUGGUCCUCAUUUUGGUGUCCCGUUCCUCGCACGUUCCCGACUUGGAGGUGGCGCACGUGGGACCCUGCGAGCUCAGGAGCGGCCCCGAGGCAGCGCCACGGCUUUCACCAGGCUGAUCUCCGCAGCAGGACGGACACUGGCUGGGAUAAAGGCUCUGCAAAACCUUCCUGCUGGCCCCUGGGCUGGCAUCUCCUCCGCCGUGUGGCUCCGUGCACCGCUCAGGAUGGGGGGACCGGGCUGGCAGGAGCCGUGCCCCCAGCGGGAUUCGCUCCGGGAGAGCGUCCCGAAGCAGGCUGCGAGCUGGUGCCGCGAGCCGGGUGCUGACUGCGGGUCUGUAAAGCCCGGGACUGUGCUCAGUGCGAAGUGAGAGCAAUUAAAUUAAAAUAAAUCAGGGUUUUUAUUAAGGUG